AUAUUUUGCAUUGAUUCGGGAUUCGGGGAUUCACUAAUCGACUGGAAACUAGAAAUCCAGAUGCAUAUUACUCAUAAUUAGAUCAACCUUAGCCUAAUAUUUAGGCAUAAAUUGUAACAAGUUAUUGUAUAGUUGGGUAAUGACUUGGUGUGUUGGUGUUGAAACUGUUUAUCUUGGCUGGAAUGUUUUGGGACACACCAUGGAGAUGGGAAGAUAUGUGUGGACCGACCGGGCUGCAGCCCUGGGAUCACUCGUCAAAGGACAUGGGGCUGUGCUUCCAGCAGUUGUUUCUGCAAAUACCUCUGUACUUCAUCAUUGCUGUCGUGUCGGGGUACUAUAUCGGCUACAGGAGGGAUUGGGUGAUAAGAGAGAAGUUACAGGAGCGUACAAUAGUUCUCCGUAGCUUUGUUGUACUGACUUUAGUUUUUAUCCCGAUAGUAGAACUGUAUAUUUUUAUUACGAAAGUGGACUUUGUGUUGCUGCCUGUAGAUUAUUUUGUGGCUGGGGCAUCAUGCUUGUCUUGGCUGGUGCAUUUUGGAUAUGUGUUAUCUCUGAAGCACCGGCUAGGCUCGAGUUCCCGCGGGCCGUCAGUGCAGUUGUUCCUCUGGGGGCUGACGGUGGUGCUCAAUGUGAUAUCUCUCCGUAGCUGUGUUAUUCUCGGAGGCCCUGUUGCCUUCUAUGUUGCCACGCUGUGUUGCCAUGUAAUGUACUUUGUUACUCUAAUACCAUCAAGUGAAUCCAGGCCUACUUACUACUCAGCCUGCCUGGUUGGAUCACAACAUGCUCAUAAUGAGUAUACACCAUUGAUGCCACAUAUGGACGAAGGUAUCUUAGGCACAGCUAUGCAAGGCAAUGGCUGCAUAUCACAAUUACUGUUUUUAUGGGUGAAUCCACUGCUAAAGAAAGGUUUUGACAAGAAACUGCAGGACCCAGAGGAACUAUUUGACAUCCCGGCAAAGUACCGGUGUGCUUAUGUUGGGGCUAAAAUGGACAGAGCACUGAUUGGCAAUGUAGAUAACUACCAGCAGUAUGCCGAGAUACCACAUGAACCUUUUAUCAGUUCAGGCUACGGCGCGCUGGGCGAGUCGGCACCGCAGUCGUCAACGCCGGUGACGCCGACCUCGCGUGUACCGCUGCGCCGUCGCCGAAACGUGACUCUUCUUCGCGCACUGCACUCGUGUUUCGCGUACCAAUUCUAUAGCAUCGGCGUGUUGAAGUUGGUGUCGGACAUGGCGGGCUUCGCUGGCCCUAUGCUACUCAAUAGGCUGGUCGCGUUCGUUGAGGAUGAGAGUAUCGAUCAGCAUUAUGGCUACAUUUAUGCAGCAGGUCUCAUGGCGUCCACCCUAAUAUCCACCAUAUUCAACGUGCACUUCAACUGGCUGAUGUCUCUCAUCGGCCUCAAGAUGCGCGGCGCCAUCGUCUCAACCAUACUUCGCAAGACCCUGAGCGUGACAUCCACUGAGCUGAAUAAGUCGUUCUCGGUUGGAGAGAUAACGAAUUUUAUGUCCACGGAUACGGAUAGAAUUGUGAAUUCUUGUCCCAGUUUUCAUGCUUUGUGGAGUAUUCCCUUGCAGCUCUUCAUUACCCUAUUCCUCCUCUACCAACAAGUGGGUAUCUCCUUCCUGGCCGGUGUAGCUUUCUCUGUCCUCCUCAUCCCCAUAAACAAGUUCAUCGCCAACAAGAUCGGCCAGCUCAGCACGGAGCUGAUGAAACACAAGGACUCCCGUGUUACUCUGAUCAGUGAUUUACUCCGGGGCAUUAGGACCGUGAAAGUGCACGUUUGGGAGGACUACUUUAUAAACAGAGUAACAGAGUCCCGAACAUUGGAGCUGAAGUACCUGCGCUGGCGCAAGUAUCUGGACGCGAUCUGCGUAGUACUGUGGGCCACCACGCCCGUGCUAGUGUGCGCGCUCACGCUGGGCGUGCACGCGCUCCGCGGCCAGCCGCUCCUAGCGCCCACCGUGUUUACAACAGUGGCUCUAAUCAACAUGUUGAUCGCGCCGCUGAACGCGUUCCCGUGGGUGCUGAACGGGCUUACUGAGGCCUGGGUGUCUAUCAAGCGGAUACAGAAACUCUUAGACCUCCCAGACAUGGACCCGGAGCGUUACUACGACAAACUGAACACAAAUCGCAACGAAGAGAACAUGUUCAUGAUAAACAACGCCACCUUCGCCUGGGCCAAGCCACCCGAGCGUAGGAUACCCCAACCCAGUAGAAGAGGCAAGGGCAAGUCCAAGAAGAAACAGUCUAAGGGGAUCAUACAGGCCAGCGAUACGACAAACGAAGUGGUGGAACACAGCGAACCAUUCAUGCUGCGCGACAUUUCCCUAGAAAUCGAGCGAGGGGAGCUAAUAGGCAUCACUGGGAGCGUUGGCAGUGGGAAAACGUCCCUCCUACACGCCAUUAUGGGGGACAUGGUUAGGAAGAGUGGGGAUAUACAGAUUCCUGAGAGUCUUAGCAGUUUUGGCUACGUGUCUCAGAAACCGUGGUUGAUACGGGGAACAAUCCGGGAUAACAUUUUAUUCGGCAAGCCAUACGAUGAGACUAAAUUCCAGACAGUUAUUGAAGCUUGUGCUCUUACUGAGGACCUGAACGUGGUGGGCUGGGGCGCGCACGUGGGCGAGGGCGGCUGCACGCUCAGCGGCGGCCAGCGCGCGCGCAUCGCUCUAGCACGAGCAGUUUAUCAGGACAAGCAAGUGUAUCUACUAGACGACAUAUUCUCCGGCGUGGACACGCGCGUCGCUCAACACAUAAUGCAGCGCUGCGUGCUGGGCCUGCUGAAACGAACAACACGAAUACUGGUGUCACCAUCACCGCGCAUACUGGCCCGCUGUUCACGAACGGUGCUUAUACAUGACGGCCGAAUACAAGCGUUGGGACCUCCAGAAGCGGUGCUAAGUGAGAUCGAGGAGUACCUCCCUAGCGACUCGGACGCGUUCGAAGAGGAACCUCCCAAGACCGUCGCGCCCGCACCGGACAAUCAAGACAGUGUCAGUCGAAACAGCUUAGACGAGGAUGAAGCGAUGUCGGAAGGCACAGUCGGCUGGUGGGUGCUAGGCCUGUACCUCCGCUCCGUCGGUUUCUUCCUCUCCAUCGCCAUAAUUCUCUCCCUCAUCCUCAUGCAACUCUCCCAGAACUUCACCUUCGUGUGGCUCACCUUCUGGGUGCGCAACAAAUCGCGCAACAUCACCGAGACCACCGCCCACGAGAACACAACCACUUUAGACCACGGAUUUAACGCUAUAGAUACUGUUAUUGACACGAUAAUGAACAUGUCACAACAGUUUAUCAGCCACUUGGAUCGUAACGUUACGCCAACUAUAGGACUUCAAGCGCCAGCGAAUGUGACGCCGAGUUAUGACGAUGACUUCUAUUUGGGAGUGUAUUUUGGACUAGCGGGAUUAAAUUUGUUGUUUACGGUGAUGCGAGCGUUCCUGUUCGCUUACGGCGGCGUGCAAGCGGCCGCUAGGAUACAUAAGAUCCUUCUUAGAGUCGUGACAAAGGCAAAAAUAAAAUUCUUUGACGUGACCCCGACGGGGCGGAUUCUCAAUCGCUUCUCAUCUGACACGUAUACAGUUGACGACUCGCUGCCAUUUAUUAUGAACAUAUUUUUAGCUCAAGUAUUCGGUUUAGUAGGGGCGGUCGCAGUGACGGUAUACGGGCUUCCCUGGUUACUAGCGGGCGUGGUUCCCGUGGCAUUCAUCUACUACAGCUUGCAGCGUUUAUACCGCGUCACAUCUCGACAACUCAAGCGGCUGCAGAGCGUUACUCUAUCGCCCGUGUACGCACAUUUCAACGAUACGCUAGAAGGUUUAUCGACAAUCCGCGCGCUCGGCGCCGGGCCGCGCUGGGCCGACCGCGGCGAGGAGCUGGUCGAGGCGUGGCAGCGCGCCGCGCUCUGUGGCGCCGCCGCCGCUCAGUGGCUCGGCCUGAGGCUGCAAGCUUGUGCUGGCGCCUGUGUGGCCGCUGCUGCGUUGCUGGCUGCUAUGCAGCGCGCCACUCACGCUUUAGACCCAGGUCUCGUGGGUCUGGCGAUCUCCUACGCGCUGUCCAUGACAUCCAUACUCGCAAACGUGCUCAACUCCUUCACUGAGACCGAGCGAGAGAUGAUCGCCGUCGAGCGCGUCGGCGAGUACAUUACGCAGGUGGAGAGUGAGAAAACUGACGGCGAGCCGCCGCCUUACGGUUGGCCCUCGCAGGGCGUCGUCAGCUUCGAGGAUGUCCAUCUUAAUUACAGUCGCGACGGUCGCGGCGCGGCGUUGCGCGGCGUCACGUUCUCCAGCUACCCGGGCGAGAAGCUCGGCGUCGUCGGCCGCACCGGCGCCGGCAAGAGCUCGCUGCUGCACGCCGUCCUGCAGCUGGCGCCCACCGCGGCCGGCAGGGUGGUGGUGGACGGCGUGCCCGUGCACACGCUGCAGCUGCACGCGCUCAGGUCCCGGAUAGGCAUGAUCCCGCAAGAACCCUUCAUCUUCACGGGCAGCGUCCGCGAGAACGUGGACCCGCUCCGGCAGCACUCGGACGCUGAGGUGUGGCGCGCUCUGGAGCGGUGCGGCGCCGAGGACGCGCUGCGUGCGCGCGGAGGCUUGGCUGCCCCCGCCGCGCCGUUGUCGAGGGGCCUGGCACAGUUGCUGUGCCUUGCGAGGGCGCUGCUACAGAGAGCUAAGAUCGUCCUAAUAGACGAAGCUACAGCGAACCUCGACCAAGAAACCGAGCGGCUAAUCCUCGACACGAUCCGCAGCGCGUUCGGCGGCUCCACCGUGCUCCUCGUCGCGCACCGCGUGCUCGGCGUGCUCGAGUGCUCGAGAGUGCUCGUCAUGGGAGGGGGGAAGUUGCUCGAGUUUGACACGCCAACCGAGUUGCUCGCGGAUCCUACGUCGCAGUUGUACGCGUUGGUGCAUGCUCACGACCAGUGAUCGAUCUCUUUAACCGUAACGUUGCAAAUGUUAUUACGAAGUCGAAGGUAUAGUGCGACAUAAAAUAGUAGAAAUUAAGUAAACAGGAACGAAAAAAAAUCCAUACUAAAUUGUUGCCAUGUUUAAGUAUUUUACGUCAAAAAUGUGACAGUUACGUAGGAAGUGGCGCCCUCAAUAAUUUUCUACAAUUUCUUUUCGAACUAUAGUUUAUUUAUUUAUUUAUUUAUUUAAGAAACAAACAGUCUUCUAUAGUUAUACAUAACACUGGAAAUUUUCUUAAAGCUAGACUUACAGUUUCCUUAAUGAAAAUAUUUUAACCACAUGUUUAAUAAAGUUUCUACAGAGUAAAACAGAGCUAUUUGUGCAAACAAGAACAAAAACAAUAACAACAAUAAUGAAAAAAAAAAAAAAGAUGCAAGAGUAUCAGGGUGUUAACAAUUAAAUUGUAUAUAAACUGAAUACUAAAAAGGUUUUACUAUUCUUAUUACUUAUUAACGUUCAAUACUGAGAUUUUUUCCUUUAUGACGCGCCUUUUAUGACGCGCGCGUAAAAAUACAGAAACAAAAUACAAAAACAAGGUUUACUUGCCUGAUUGUCAACGGAGUGGUCGGCGUGCUCGAGUGCUCGUGAUGGGAGCGGGAGGUUGCUCGAGUUUGACACGCCUACUGAACUACUGGCGGAUCCUACGUCACAGUUGGUGCACGCUCAUGACCAGUGAAAUCGGAGAUUAACUUUAAUCGCCGAAAAUGUUAUAAUAAAGUCAAUAUGCAAAUAAUCGACGCCGCGCGCGUAAAAACACAGAGGCAAAAUACAAAAAUAAAAACCGGCCAAAUUAUGGCAUUCCUUUUACGUUAAGUAUUAUAAAAACUUGUAUUUAAAUGAAAACAGUACUAUUUGAAGUCAAGCAUAGGCUAAAAUAUUACUAGUCUGCAAAAUAUUACUUAGAUAUGGUGUGAUAUAAUAUUAUUACGAGUAUGUUGAAUGAAUAUUUGUACUUUUAGGUUAAUUAUUUACUUAUGAAUUCAAGUAUUUAUAAUAGAACAGUUAUGUGAUUACCAAAGUUUACUUGCAUACUGUACUUAUGAUGUUAUACAAUUUUAGUUUUAGUGUAAGUAUUCAAGAAUCAUGUUGCUCCAUUAUAACUUAAGUGUCGUAUUUAUAAAUAAAUAAAUAAAUAAAAAUAAAAAUUUAACAAUCACAUGACAAAUUAAUUGGCAGAUAUAAGAGAUUAUUAUUUUCAGAUAAAAGUAUAAAACUAAAAUAAUACUAAUUGGUAAUAUUGUUCUUGACUUUAUUAAAUUGUAAACAAAGCACUGAACUGACUGAAAUUAUCAAAAAAUCCAAUAAUUAGUUAAAACCUUAGUCAAUUAAACUAAAUUCGACCUCAUGACUUCCUUAUAUAAUAAAUGUAAUACGAAACUAGUUGUAAGAUAAUUACUUUGUUAAUUGAAUUAUGUUAUCUUGUCCUAGUUUCCCUUGUGAUAUUAUAUUUUUAUAUGCAA